CUCCAAGACUUUGAGUUUUACUGUGAGUUGCAAUACUUCAUCCUUCGACGCUGAACCCGAAUCUAACUCUUCAAAAUGUAUUGACAGGAAUAAGUCUUGUGCGAGCUCUAGUGCAACCUUCAUUUUUUGAAUUCCAGCGACACAUAUUACAGCAGCACAUGAAUUGGGUUUUGGUAACCAUAGACAACAGUGCCGGCGCCAAGCUGUGGUUCAGCGAUGGCCAGCCCAUCGGAGCAAUCCGUGGCGGGUGCGAGUCGAGUCACAGGCUGAUCAUUGACAAACAAGGUUUCAUCGAUAUCACUGUACCCUACUCAGUACUUCCAUCUAUCGUCGACCUGAACAACACGGUCGCCAUCUGCCCAGAAGAUUCGGUGAAUAUCAACCUCACAAUCCCCGGGGAUGGUUCUUUCUCGUUCUCAAUCACUCCAUCUACGUCCGUUCACAGAUCUGUCUUGACGGGGACGUUAAAGCCACUGCCAGAGGUGUCGGAUGUUGAUGUAUCAUUUUUCGACAAGAUGAUGGACUUGCACUAUGUGCCAUACCAAGACGUACCAGACGCGCUAGGCAGGGACGUAGAGGAGAUCAAAGCUUUAGGGUUACGCCAUUUUCCAUUCUCGCCACACAGCUUUCAGCUGGCAAUGGCGGUGUAUGACUGGACGACUGCAUCAUUUGCGCGCAUGGUGCUGAUGAAAAUAUUCGAGUAUAGUAGUAUCCCAACCACGCCGUAUCCUCUUGACUCUCCAAACAUCGCAACCGCGAUCUGGAAGUCAAACUGGGGCUCGUACGUUCCAGGCAACAAGGCCUACAUGAAUUCUUUUAUGAUGAAGCCCGCAUCCACGUUGCAAGACGUUCAGGAUCAGCUUCGCGACGUCAAGGCUCUCCUGCAGAAGUUUAGUGCCGUUCAAAACCGGUUACUCAGUGCUGCUUUUGCGGCGAUGCCUCGCACAUCCGUCUUUUAUGCGCCUCAAUUAUUCAGCGGGCAGCUUGACAUAUCCCAGCUCAGUCUCGAUUACUUCGGCAUCGAGAUGCUAGAGUGCCCCCUCAACGCCGGGCCGACUAGCAAGUCGCUUGGGGUGUCUUUGGAGGCAGCGAUGGCAACUUUCGUCAAGGUGGGCAGCACUAUCACAACCAAGAUGGUCUGGAGCUUUGCGGAUUCGAUCGAUAUCGCAAAACAUUACCAAAAUGGCCUUAUAGUGGUGGUCAACCCUCCCGACAACGACUCGUGGGUCUGGGAUGCGGCAAGCUAUAUCACACCGCUCUCGGAUGAUCCUGAGAAGAAUGAGUACACAUUCGCUCCAGGGACGUCAUUCGUUGUGGAGUCACUAGACGUACGGGAUAUUGAUGAGGAUGAGAGGAACAAGUCCGUUCAGUUUCUGACUCUGAAGUUGCAUGCUCCUGGUUCCGUUCGCGAUGAUCGGACCACGCAACUUCCGAGUCGGCCUCCACUCAAUAAUAUACCUGCGCGCCGUUUUAGUGGCCCCAAGUUCAAUCACCAUCUCACAAAUAAGACGGGUGGAAGACGAUGUCAUUGUGUUGAUGAUGCUGAAAGAAUGAAAGGUCAGGAUAAGUAGGAUGUGCGCUUGACAUUUGAGGCUCUGAAGUACCAAUUCAAUGACAGAGUAUUGUACAUGUAGUGUUAUAUUUGCAAGUGAUAUACUUCGAGCAGCUGGAUCCCUCCAUCUCGCGUGGCCAGCCCU